AAAAUUGAAUAUUGUUAUUUUGAAGAAGAAACAAAAAUCAUAAUAUAAUUCUUUUCAAUAAUGCCACUAUCUCGUACACGUUCAUUAAUUGCAAAUAUAAAUGGCAGUACGCCAAAUGAAUCAUUUUUACCACAGAUUGGUUGUGAAAAAAGUUGUAAUAAUUUAAAUGGUCAAUUAACAACCGGUAAUCAAAUGUUAUUACCACCGAUAACAAAAACAACAACAUUUUCAGGUUUUAAAUUAUCAUCAACAAAUGGUUUUGGUCAACAAACAACAAUGACAGCAGCAGCAACAAAUAAUAAUAGUGGUGGUGAUCAUCAUCAUCAUCAUCAUUCACAUCAUGACCAACAACAACAACAACAACCGCCAACAUCAUCAACAACAAAAUGGUCAUAUCAACAACAUAUUGAUCAACAGAAUGGUAAUGAUAUUGUUAGCUUACCAAGAGCUUCAGUUGGAAGCGGUAGUGGUGGUGCAGCCACAUCCGAAGCUAGUCCAUCAUCAGGUUCAACAUCAAAUGAAGAAACAUCAAAUGAUCCAAAAACAAUGAUAAAUGGUUCAGCUAAUGGAUCACAAAAUGGAUCAUCAGCUGCAAGUAAUACAAGUAGUGUUUGUAAAAUAUCAUCAAACAAAACAAAACCAUUGGUAGUUACACCUGAACAAGUGAUGAAAUUAUAUUCAUAUAAAUUAACACCAUAUGAACAUCGUGAAAUAUUUAAUUAUUCUGAAUUAUAUUUUAUCGGUGCAAAUGCCAUCAAACGUAUGGGUAUAAUUGGUGGCGCAAAUAAUAAUGAUUAUGAUGAUGAACAAGGCUCAUAUAUUUUUGUUCCACAUGAUCAUAUUGCUUAUCGUUAUGAAAUGCUCAAAGUAAUUGGCAAAGGAAGUUUUGGCCAAGUGAUCAAAGUUUAUGAUCAUAAAACACAGCAACAUGUUGCAUUAAAAAUUGUACGAAAUGAAAAACGAUUCCAUCGACAAGCACAAGAAGAGAUAAGAAUAUUACAACAUCUAAAAAAACAAGAUAAAGAUAAUACAAUGAAUAUAAUACAUAUGUAUGAACAUUUUAUAUUCCGUAAUCAUAUGUGCAUUACGUUUGAACUGCUCAGUGUCAAUCUUUAUGAGCUUAUUAAAAAGAAUCAUUUUCAAGGUUUUAGUAUACAAUUAAUACGACGAUUUGCUUAUUCCAUACUAAGAUGUUUAGAAGCUUUAUAUAAUAAUAAAAUUAUCCAUUGCGAUCUCAAACCAGAAAACGUACUACUCAAACAACAAGGACGCAGUGGUAUUAAAGUCAUUGAUUUUGGUUCAUCUUGUUUUGAACAUCAACGUAUCUAUACUUAUAUUCAAUCAAGAUUUUAUCGUGCACCCGAAGUUAUAUUAGGCGCUUCAUAUGGUAUGCCAAUUGAUAUGUGGAGUUUAGGUUGUAUAUUGGCCGAAUUAGCAACUGGUUAUCCAUUAUUACCGGGUGAAAAUGAAAAUGAUCAAUUAUCAUGUAUAAUUGAAUUAUUGGGCAUGCCACCACAAAAAUUAAUUGAUGUUUCAAAAAGAGCCAAAAUAUUUUUCAAUUCAAAAGGCUAUCCACGUUAUUGUUAUACCAAAGUUCUUUCAGAUGGUUCGGUAUUGAUCGAAGGAAGUCGUACACCACGUGGUAAAAUGCGUGGUCCACCUGGCACAAAAAGCUGGUCAGUUGCAUUAAAAGGCUGUGAAGAUGAAUGUUUUGUUGAUUUUAUUAAAAAAUGUUUGGAUUGGGAUCCACAUACACGUAUGACACCAUAUGCAGCAUUACGUCAUUCAUGGCUUACUAGACGACGUUUACCUCGUCUUCCACAAAAUGGUGGUGAAAAUGCUGCUAAUAGUGUUAGUGAAACAUCACCUGUACAUCAUCAUUCUUCAUUACAGAUUAAUCAAAUAAAUGGUACAUCAGCCGCAUCAUCAACAACUGCUACAUCAGCUACACAACAAAAUGGCAAUGGACUUCAUCCACCACCACCAACAGCAGCAGCAGCAGCCAUCAAUUCCUAUAGUCAACGUUAUAAUACAAAUGAUACAAAUAAUGUUCCAACAACAACAACAACAGUUACAAAUGAUAUUGGUAAUCAUACAAAUAAUAAUGGCUGUACGAAUAAUGGUGGUACAUUUUUGGCAAGAAUUUGGGAUCCAAGUAGUCCGGAUCAAAAAUCAGAUAAUACAAAUGCAUUUAGUAAAUAUUAUAAAUCAACAACAAAUAGUCUUGGUGUUGGUGGUCAAACAAAUGGUAAUGGUGGUAAUGGUGGUGUUUCACAAACAAAAGAAUCAUCAAUAUGGUCAACAACACGUAAAGAUGCUAUAACAACAAAUUCAGGUGUUGUUGUUAAUGGAAAAAUGUUGAACGGAAAAGAUAAAGAUGGUUUAUCCGUUGUUAAUAAUAGUAGUUCAGAUGUACGAGCAUUAUCGAAUGACCUAUUUUUAUCAUUAAUUGGACGUUCAUAUAAUCGUUGAACAAUGACGACAAACAUCAUAAUUUUCUUCAUACUUUCUUCAUAUGACGACAAUGAAUGAAUCUCAUUUCCAUCUUUUUUUUUGUUCAUUUUGUUGCAUCUUAUCGUUAUAUUUCGUUUCAAAUCAUCAAUAAUUGUGAUUGAAUGUGAUGAUUCUUUGAUGGAUCGAAUAUUUGGAAAUUGGAAAUGAAUGAAAAAAUGGAUCA